CAGUCAUGCUAGCAAGUCUGUCCUAGGUGAAACGUCGAAAUCCCGCUAUUCCACUAUCUAUCGAAUCUGGCUGCACUUGCCUUUCGGACCCAUCUGAACUUUCACUGUUGUAACGACUGCCGAGGGAGCCGAAACGAAUUCUGCUCUUUCUUCGUCAAUAAAAAUCCAGACCCUUGGUCACUACCGUACUUCUUUACAAUUUGUCUGUUAUUGACAUUGCGAAAAACUAUUUGGAAGGAUGUAUACCAUUUCCAAAGGACCUAGUCAAAUUGUGGCCAAAACACGGCGAGGACUGGCACAAAAACUGGAAAGUCUGGACACAAUUCGCGACAUGACGAGAAAGAAUUCAGAUUCGGAUGAAGUGGAAUCCCUCGGCUCCAUGAGCCCACCGAGACCUGUAUUCCAAGCAGUGUGCACGACGAACAAACGCCACCACAGUUCCAAUCACCGACAUCAACACCAUCACCAGCAGCCCGAAAUCCUUACUAGGAGUCAGCAAGAAUUAAUCAAAUACGUUUACGAAAGAUGGCAGCGGGUGAACCGAGAAUUGAAAACAUUGCCAGCUGCCGAGGGUACCUCAGUGACUUAUUAUCAGGAUGCCAGUCCUAAUCCAGCCCUUCAAGAUUUUGAACCUUUUGACCUCGAGGGUUGGUGGGGCCGUCGUCUGUACCACACGCUGACUCAAUCGAUUUGAAAGCCAACGGGUCGUCAGGAGGUCUCUCAAAAAGUUCAGAUGGCCUGUGAAAAGAGAAAUUCACUCUUUACCUCGAAGCAAAAAGCAACAAAAAAGGAAAAUAUAACGAGAAAAGCCUCUUAGAAAUCCUGCCAGGGACACCUGGACGAAGCCGUAGAAAUUGAUGAUUCCUUUCGUGAAUUGAUUAUUAAAUGCCCCACAAUAAGAGAAGAAAAAAGGCUAGUGGGAACAGCAAAGAAAAAACAAAAUUCAGGUGAAUCGGAAUCAGUAGCUGCCAUAUUUCGUUUAUUUAGUCGCCAAGUCUGGUAGAAGCCCUCCCUGUCUUUCCCCUCUUCUCGAAAAUUCGAUCCACUUAAAAACUGCUCACGUUACUGGUUUCCCCGAGUUAGUUUUGAAAUAAAUUUGAAGCGAGGGAGGGUGGAAUAGGGUAGGCCCCAUUAUUAUUUUUUUUCCUUUUUGUUCCAAAGUUCAUUUUCUACCCCAGUUUUUUUUCCGUUGGUUGUUGGUCGGAACUCAUUAGAAGCAUGUGAUACUGGUUGGGGGAGAGUGGAAGAGACAGAAUAUUGUGUAGUUGAAAAAAAGAAGUAAAUGUGUAGUUGAAAAAAGAGGUGGGUUGUAAAAUUUAAAGUCAAACGCACACCGGCCACAUCUUGUGUGCCCUGCUUUCUUGGCCCUGGUCCUUUGUCUUCUAGAUAUCAGGUUUCGUUUUGUAGGAACCAAAAAAGGACCACAUGUUUCAACCAGCGGCCAUUUUGACUUACCCUUUCUACCAAUUAUUUGUUUUGUUUUGAUUUUAUUUUAAAUUCAUGAUUUUUGUUUCUGAAUGAAUGUCUGAAAGCCUGUUGGUCUGAUGAAUAGUCGAUAAGAAAAAUUGUAGUUAAUGGUGAUGAAAUGUUAAGGGAAAACAUGUGA